UACUACACAGGUUUUCAAAACAGGCGUACCCCUUCCUUCGACUUCGUAGUACAGCUAUCAAGUUCGAUUGAAGUUGUGAAAAGUUGAUGUCAAGCUAAAAGGAGCUCGAGAAACUCCGCCCGUCAAGAAAUUAUGAGUGACCAACAGCAAGAUGAAAUGGCCGCGAUGGUGGAAAGCAGCGGAGGCUUCAAUCAAAAGCGAAACGCAAACACACAAGACUCCCAGCAGCCCUCCCCCCUCGCCCUGCUGGCCGCCACCUGCAGCCGCAUCGACACGCCCAGCGAGAAUGACUCCGGCUCGGACCAGAACCAGAACCAGCAUCUGGACCUCAGCCAGGUCCAGCUCACCUCCACCCCUAACGGCUGGCAGAUCAUCCCCGUCAGCGUGCAGUCCUCCACGGGCUCCGCUGGCGACUCCUCAGGGGGGCUGGCGGGGGACGGGGGGAAGAACAGGCUGCCGGGGCUGGCCUCCACUGGGGCUGUAGGAGUAGGGGCUGGAGGCCAGCAGUAUGUGGUGACCCAGGCCCCCAGCCUCCAGGGCCAACAGGUCCUUACCACCCUGUCCGGGGUCAUGCCCAACAUCCAGUACCAGGUCAUCCCCCAGUUCCAGACAGUUGAUGGGCAACAGCUGCAGUUCGCCCAGCCCCAGCAGGACUCCUCGGUGGGGGCCGGACAGUUCCAACUGGUGUCCUCGCCCAACGGGGGCCAGCAGCUCAUCGCCACCACCGGCCGCGCCGGCGCCACCGGCAACAUCCUCGCCAUGCCCAGUCUCAUACAGCAGGCCAUCCCUCUGCAGAACCUGGGCCUGGGGAACAACGUGAUCCAGAACCAGACGCAGUUCCUGGCCAACAUGCCCGUGUCCCUGAACGGGAACAUCACCCUGCUGCCCGUCAGCGCCGGGGGGUCUGUGGGGGAGGGGGGGGACGGCUCAGCCCAGCAGCUCAUGCAGACGCAGGCCGGGUACUUCUCGGGCUCCACGACAACCACCACGCAGGCAGCCAGCUAUGGAGUCAUGGCAACGCAGAAUGGGAGCUACCAGACGUCAGGGGUACCCAUCCUGCCCGAUAACAGAGACGGCCACCAACAACAGCAACAGCCCCAGCAGAUCCUGAUCCAGCCCCAGCAACUCAUCCAGGGGGGCGCUUCUCUCCAGACUAUCCAGACGGGGGCUCUCUCGGCUGGGGGGCAGGUCUUCGCGACCCCCACCCUCACCCAGGACGGCCUCCAGAACCUCCAGAUCCAGACCAUCCCCAACACGGGCCCGAUUCUGCUGCGUACCGUGGGGCCGAACGGCCAGGUGAGCUGGCAGACCCUGCAGCUGCAGAGCCCGGCCGGGGCCCAGAUCACGCUGGCGCCGGUCCAGAGCCAGGGAGCCUUAGGGACCGUCCAGAUCCCGGGCCUGCAGACCAUCAACCUGAACGCGCUGGCCAACUCAGGGAUCCAGAUGCAUCAGCUGCAGGGGGUUCCCAUCGCCAUCGCCAACCCCUCAGGUGAGCAGGGGUUGCAGACGGGUGGAGACAGCCUGGAUGACAGCACGGCGAUGGACGAGGGGGAGACGAGCCCCGUGCCCCAGAACAGACGCACCCGCAGGGAGGCCUGCACCUGCCCCUUCUGCAAGGACGGGGAGGCACGCAGUGACCCAAGUAAAAAGAAGCAGCACAUCUGCCACAUCCCCGGCUGCAACAAGAUCUACGGGAAGACGUCUCACCUGCGCGCCCACCUGCGCUGGCACACCGGGGAGAGACCGUUCGUCUGCAGCUGGACCUUCUGUGCCAAACGCUUCACCCGCUCUGACGAGCUGCAGAGACACAAGAGGACACACACAGGAGAGAAGAAGUUUGUGUGCCCGGACUGUCCCAAGAGGUUCAUGCGCAGCGACCACCUGUCCAAGCACAUCAAGACUCACCUGAACAAGAAGGCCGCCUCCGCCUCUGGCCCCGCCCCUGCAGACAGCUCCGCCCCAGCCCCCCUGGCCGACGCCCCCAGCGAGCCCCACACCCUGGUCACCAUGGAGACGCUGACGGCGGAGAGCAUAGCGCGGCUUGCAGGAAGUGGCAUCAACGUGAUGCAGAUGGGAGACCUGCACCAGAUCAACAGCAAUGGCUACUGAGGGAGAGGAGGGUCCAUGCUGCCUCUAGCGACCCAGGGGAGGGCUGGCUGGUUGGUUGACUGGCUGCCUGGUUGGCUGGCUGGCUAGCUGGUUGGUUGGCUGGCUGGUUGACUGGCUUGCUGGUUAGCUGGCUGGCUGGUUGACAGGCUAGCAGACUGGCUGCCUGCUUAGCUGGCUGCUUAGCUGGCUGGCUAGCUGGUUGGUUGGCUGGCUGGCUGGUUGACAGGCUACCUGGUUAGCUGGCUGGCUGGUUGACAGGCUAGCUGGUUGGUUGGCUGGAUAGCUGGUUGACAAGCUGGCAGGCUGGCUGGCUAGCUGACAGGCUGACUGGGUAGCUGGCUGGCUGAACUUCUGUCUUACCUGAGGGGGGGUCGCAGCCUGGACUGGGGGGGGUAUUAUUAUGAGAACUCAGGCAGGGCAGGCCCCCCCCUCACCCCCCCCACCAGAACCAGCAGGACAUGGAGAAGGAGGGGGGAGGGGGUUGUGAUUAGCAUGAACUUGUGGAAGGGAAUGGCACUACAGUGAAGUGUUGGACUUCACACACACACACACACACACCCAAGGGCUCAGUCUAACUGGUGUUGUGAAGGUGCUUGUUACAGCCUCCACCCAAGCCAUGUGUACCAGCUAGCCCCCUCCUCCCCCUCCCCCUCGCUCCCCAUGCCAGCUUCCUCUCAGGUCUCUGCUAUAUUCCAGGUGUAUUCUGGGUAAUCUACAGGUGUAUUAUAGAAAUGCUACAGGUAUAAUCUAGGUAUGCUGCAGGUAAACCACAGGUGUGUUCAGGACAAGGGCUUCUCUAACCCACUCCACAGUCCCAGUUGGGCCUGUCCGGUCUGGUCCACACUUCAGUCCAAGGAGCCGUCUUCAGCAGGAAUAAAACCACACUGCCACCCAGAAACUUCCUUCCCUUUUACAUCACUCAUGAGAUAGAUACACUUCUAAGCCAUCGUGAUUUAAUAUCAUAUCAUAUAGGAGCAGCAACAACAACAAAAAGUUUUAUAGAUUGCUUUUUUUUUUUUUUUGGUAUGUAUAUAUUUUUUCUAAACCUGUAAAGCUACAUAAAUUCUUACCAUAGGAAGGAUCGACUCGUAUGGUUGUGAGAGAUCGCCUUUCAAUGAGUUUCUCCUACGCAAUCAAUCUUAAACUUAUAUUGAUAUUAUCACUUUUAUAUAAAUGUAGAUUUUGUUGGUAAGUUCUUGGAAAGUGUUCUGUCGAGAGGACUCGAGUAUGUAUCCAGUCCAGUCUUCCCAGUACUCAUUUAUCUAUGGUUUAUUAGUUGGCUACUUUUUAUUUUGUAUUUGUAUUUUUUUAGAUUCUCCACGACUACUUCAACACUGUGGAAAUGUCUCAGCAAAUGAAGUGAAAACUCUUAACUCUUCAUAGCCAGAUGCAAAAAAACUUUAAGCUUUUAACCAAAGGUUCAGAUUCCGUAAGACCUCCAGGGGGUUGUGAGUGAGGGGGGCGUCUUUGUGGAACGUGCUUGUGCCUAGGAGGUUAGCCAGCAACACCAACACCACUAUCAUGUAUCAGAUAAACCUGUUGAGCUCAAUUAAUGAAACAUUUAAGAUAUCGUUGUAAUCCAGAGUUUUCUUCUUCUCACGUGUAUUCUUGGCAGACUGGGUGUAAGUGGUUGCACAUCAAAUAACUUAUUUUGUUCUCCUGGUGUCCUAAAACUAAAUUUUUUCACCGUAGAAAAUAUCCACCAAGUUUGAGGCUAGUUUGGGGGGAGAGGAGAAGAGUAUGUUGUCCUACAGUAUUUGGUUAAUUUCUAUCACUUAAAGUAAUUGUCAUUGGAACAAUAAGUGCCCUUAACUCAUCAUGUUUUAUUUUAUAUGCGAAUGUUGGUUUUGUAUUUGUGAAUCUCAUUUCUACAAAAGCCAGCUGCUGGAUUAAAAUGAUGAACAUCACAA